GUAUUUUGGAUGAACUGGCCCUUUAAACCGUGAUGCCACUGUAGAACCAAUGAAGGUUGUUUUUUUUGAACAAACACUGUGACGUCACGACACACAAUGGCCGCCAGUGGUACAGCAGUGACUGUUCUCACUCCAAAUGGAAGAAGACAAGCCGUCAAAGUGUCUGCAAACACCCCGUUGUUACAGGUGCUAGAGGACGUCUGCAAAAAGCAUGGAUUCAACCCGGACGAUCACGCUUUAAAGUUUCAGAGGACUGUUAUUGACCUCACGGUGCCAUGGAGGUUUGCCAACCUACCCAACAAUGCAAAACUGGAAAUGGUGACAAGCACAAGGAAACAAGCUGCAGCUGACAGCCAGGUGCGGAUUGCACUUCAGAUGGAGGAUGGCUCUCGGCUCCAGGGUUCCUUCUCUUGCGGACAGAGUCUGUGGGACCUGCUCACACAUUUUCCUCAGAUCAGUUUGUCGGACGAGCCAGAGUCAGAAUCCACUCCUGUGUGUGUCUACAUGAGAGAUGAGGUGAGUGGGGAAGAAGCACUAAAGAAGGCCACUCUGAAGUCACUGGGUCUAACAGGAGGAAGUGCCAUCGUCAGGUUUUUACUCAAAAAUAACAAAUCUCCUGGAGAGGGAGAUGGCACCAAUGUAACUGAAACAGCUGCUAUACCAACCAUCCCUGUUGCAGAGGAAACCACAUAUAGCUCCUCUUCUCAGCCUGAUCCUGUUCCAUCACAUCCAGAGUUACCCUCAACAAACAUGCCAGUUAGAAAUUCAAGCCCGAAUAGGCCAAAGGAAACCCUGCCUGUGCCAGCUCCUGCCUCUGCCACCAGCACACCUUCUGUUCAACAGGAAGAGGUUGUGAAUCCCCAGGAUGCAGUUUGGCCUAAGGUCCCACCUGUCGAGAGAGGUGUGAAAGAGGAAGAUCGUGAGGAAGCUGGACCAUCGGGACUAAACUCGCAUUCAUCUUCUUCCUCACCCAACGUUUCCUCAGCCCCUUUCAUUCCCUUCUCUGGAGGUGGUCAGCGUCUUGGGGGCCCUGGGGCAGUGGGCCGCUCACCAUCUUCAUCCUCCGCUUUGUCUGCUGUGACUGCUGCAGUCGAAUCACCGAAAGCCAAGAAAGCCAAAUCCAGCCACAGUUCUAGUUCUAAGUCUCCCGUCAUGGCCAAACCGCCAGUGGAGGACAUGGAUCAUGGAGACGGGGUCUUUGAGAGGGAGCCUCUCAUCUACCACCUGGACUCAAAGUUUCGUCAUUCUGAGGGCCACCAGGAUUUGCCCGACGAGUUCUUUGAAAUAACAAUGGAUGACGUGCGGAAGCGCUUCGCCCAGCUAAAGAGCGAGAGGAAGUUGUUGGAGGAAGCUCCACUGAUGACUAAAUCUCUGAGGGAAUCCCAGAUGAAGGAGAAGAUGGGCAGAUAUCCCAAAGUGGUCCUGAGGGUCCAGUUUCCAGACAGACAUGUUCUACAAGGCUUCUUCAGACCCCUGGAGACAGUUGGGGCUGUGAGGGACUUCGUCAAGAGUCACUUGGAGAAUCCUCAGAUCAAUUUCUACCUGUUCAUCACGCCCCCAAAAACCAUUCUGAACGACCCCUCGGCAACACUUUUCCAGGCCAACUUGUUUCCUGGUGCGCUGGUGUACUUCGGCUCUGACGAUAAGACAGAUUUUUACAUGAAGAGGGAACUCCUUGAUUCAUCUGUCUCAGCCGUGCAAGCAAAUGAGUCCAUUGCAAGCUACAUAGUCCGGACCCCAACACCUCCCUCCAGCUCUGUGGCCUCAGAGGAGCCCUCUGCUCCUAUUGAGCACACAUCAGACGCCAGUGGGUCCACACCGGAAGAGAGAGACCCAUCUACACACAGCCAGGCUGCUAAGACGACCAGAUGUGACCCGGGCAAGGUGCCCAAGUGGCUCAAGCUUCCAGGUAAGAAAUAAAAAUGCAAGGACGGACCACAGCAGACGACUGACGAUCACUGCCUCGCAGACUGAGCUGAGCACUUAGAAACCUUUGCUGCCAUUUGACUCAACUUUGUCACUGCAGUGGACUUCAUGCCGACGCCUGCACUAAACUAGAUUUAUUUAUUUUUUUUUUUUCAAAAUAAGGAUAAAUAGUGACUAUUUCAUCUCCAUGUAGCGCGCGACGUGUUUCAUUCCAGCCGAUCUCUGGAAUGAAGAGGCUGCUUUUAUUCAGCUGGUGAAAACAUUUACAGAGUGAAUAAAGAUUGUUGUACAAA